GUUCUCCGAUUGCUCACCAAGCUCAUCGGAUCGUCUCGGACCUUCGAUAGGUAAGUCGGAGUUCUCGAACUGCUCGGGAACUAUCUUGGACAUGAACCGGAGCUUCUGGACCAAGCUGGUCUGGUUUGGAGCACACUGGACCGGACUGCAGUGUAUCUGGACCGACUGGUCUGAGCUGAAGGAUGCUGGCCGUGAUCUGGGCUCAUUUGGACGCGUUGGGCCGCUUGGACGUCCGCUGGAAUGGAUUGGGCCGCACACAACUCAAUUUGGGACGCGCUGGAGUGAGCUAAGAAGCUGGGCCAGCACGCGGGCCGUUCUCGGGCUUUUCGUGGGCUGCAUCUGUGAGGUAGCGCGGGCUCAGGUGCGGUCUUACACGCGGGCUCUCACGGGCAACAUCUUGUUAGAUGCGCGGGCUGAAAUGCGGGCCGCACAGCCUGCGUGCUUUUCUUCUUCACUGCUGGGCUACAACGCGAAGUGGGCUUCGCGAGAUUGGGUUGCGCGUCUGCUGGACUCCCCAUCUGCGAGACUAUACGCGACUUUUCACGCUGGGCCGCACAAAAGGAUGCCUCGCUGGUUACCUGUUGGACCUGGGCGCGAGAUGAAAAAUUUCAGGGCUUGUACGCGAACCAUGGGAGCGUACAUGAUGUGGAGAUUGGACAGAAAUCUGGGAAAAAUUUCGGCGAGUGUGCCCAGAAUUUCUCGCGACUCGCGAGUGGAGUCGCGACACGCGAGAUGGUCGCGACUCGCGAGAAUGUCACGACUCGCGAGUUCAACAGAGGCUAAAGAUAAAGUUCGCGAGUACGAGUCGGGACUCGCGAGUCAAGGUCGCGACUCGCGAGAUGGAGUCGCGACUCGUGAGACAGGUCACGAUUUUCCCCAAAAAAUGAAGAUAUUUGAAGACGCGCGACUCGCGGCCUGGGAAAAGUGGAAGUUGCGACUCGCGACUUACUCGGCACGAAUUUUGAAGACGAGAUUUUUACUUCAGAAUUUUAACCUAGGGAUCAUUAUUCGACUUUCAAACUUCGUUUUUACGUUUUUUCUCUCUAGAAACUCAUUCCUUUUCAUUACUUUGCACUUUGGGUUUAGGCUUAGCCUUGGGGAUUUUAGGCCAACUCUCAUGUACCUCCAGUUAGCAGAACGUUCCAUUAGGUACCUGAAGGGGAUAGUCGAGGAUGUUCUCAUGAAGGUGGGUAAGCUUAUCAUUCCAGUGGAUUUCGUCGUUCUAGACGUUGGGGAUGUGCACGAGAAUGGGAAGGAUCACACCAUCCUUCUCAGGAGACCUUUCAUGGCGACGAAUAAUACUCUCACCGAUGUGAAGAACGGGACUCUGAAUAUGACGGUCUUAGGGAAGUCGAUGUCUAUUUCUGUCCAAGAGGCCAUGUCUUCAUCCUCAGCCAAUUUUUUAGAAGAAUGUGCUUUUAUUGAUCUUGCUGACCCUUUUGUUGAUGAGAUGGUAUUUCAGGAGUUCGAGGAA